AUGGAACCACCAUCUCCAGACUGCAAUGGUGCAGAAGCAGUACUAAAUCUCCAACCGAGCUCGUCAAUUCCUAUUACGUAUCACCCUCUCUUUGGUCCUCACGAUGAUCUAAUCCUCCUUGAGCUCGAUCAGAAACUUCUCCCUGAUGUCCUGCACCAAAGAGUAACUAUUAGAGGACAGCCUGAUGAAGAUGCAGUCCUCUGCACGGAGUCAAAAACUUAUGCAAUCAAAUCCGUUGGAACUUCAAAUUCUGUUUUUCUCAUUCCCCCAUCAAGUCAAUUUAAUUCUUUUGAAAGCCCAAUAUGUUGUGAUGAGAACUAUCAUGAUCCACAAUCUGUUGCUUCUGUCAUUAAGAUUGCAACCGGUAACAUGGAACUUGUUGAAGUUGCCCCUAGACUUGACAAGCUAAGGUCGCUACUUUUUGAGAAUCCUUAUAGAUCUGAGGAGGACGUAGAAAUGGUGGACGUGGAAGAGAUGGAAGGAAAGAAUACAGGACUGUAUAGCUGGGAUGAUCUUGUUGAGAAGGUUCAAGCUAGUGAUGAUGAAUUAAGGACUGGGUUGCAGGCUCUUUCAGCAGUGGAUAUUUAUGGAUAUUGGAGAAUUGUGGAUGAGAAGUACAUGGACAGAAUUCUUAGGAUGCUUUUGCACAAUUCAGUGCUGAAUGAUUGGUCAUUGUCUUGUCUGAAUGAAGACGACGUUGUCAAUGCAUUGGAAUCAGAUGGCUUUCCCCACAAACUUGCAAACCACUGCUUGCAUGUUUAUGGUAGCAAGGUGAUUGAGGGUGUGAGCACAAGUAGUAUAUGGAAGUUGGAUGAGAGGAAGGUAUGUGUGCAUUUUGCAAGAGACAUCUUGAGAGACGGGAAUAGGAAGAUGGAGAGGUUCAUGGAGGACUGGACGCGUAAGGUUCCCGAAGGGAUGCCUGCAAGUUUAGACUUGUUGGAAGGUGAAGUUUUGAUAGAGAAGCUUGGCGCAGAGACAUGGAUUCGAGCCUUCAGCGUAUCAUCUCUACCCUACAACCCUGCAGAGCGAUUCUCCGUCCUCUUUAAAGAGCGUCCAAAAUGGGAGUGGAAGGAUCUACAGCCCUAUAUCAGUGACUUGAGAGUGCCGGGUCUUUCUGCCGAAGGUUUGCUUCUCAAAUACACUAGAAGAACACAACCAACUGCUGAUGCAGAACCCGUUUUCACCAUAAGAUAG